CGGCUCAAUAAGAAUAAGACAAAUGUCAUCGUGUGUUCGAUAUUUUACAUAACCAAAAAUAUUGCGAGUAAUCAAGAGUAGUUUUUGAAGAUGUUUAAGGGUGAUUCAGGGGGAAAGGAAGCCAUUCAGGCGGUGAUAGUUGGGGACCAUUUCGGGAACGAAUUCAGGCCAGUAACAGAUUCCCUGCCUUUCGCUCUUCUGCCUCUGGCAAACAUUCCCCUUUUGGAAUACACUUUGGAAUUUCUUUCUUUGGGGGGUGUUGACGAGACGUAUCUCAUUUGUUGCAAUGGGGGUAGAAUAAUAGAAGAUUAUGUGGAACGACGCGUUAAAAACUGCGCCCCAUGGUCUAGAUCAAUGAAGGUCGUAAUAAUUAUGUCAGAAACGUGCAGAUCUUUUGGAGAUUGUUUGAGAGAUUUAGACUCGAGGGGGUUGGUCAGGGGGAACUUUAUAUUAGUAGAGGCCGGCACGAUUGGGUCCAUUGAUUUAAAAAAUUAUCUUCAAAAACAUGUCAACAAUUGCAAAAACGAUAAAAACGCUGUUGCCACGGUACUGUUUGAAAAUUGCGGAGCGGGAAAUCCCUCCGCGUUGUCUAAAAACGAAAUUACCCUUGGCGCCAGCGCGAAAAAUAGAAUAUUAUUUUAUCAGAACAAGAGAUCAAGCAAAAUUGAAAUCCCACUGGAUAUAAUAAGCGGGAACAAGACGGUGGACAUUUUCCACAAUAUCAAAGACGUCCACGUCAUGAUAUGCACCUCAUCCGUUCUUCCCUUAUUCUCCGACAAUUUCGACUUUCAAACACGCGACGACUUCAUCCGCGGUCUCCUAAUGAACGAGGAGAUCAUGGGUUCGACCAUUUACACGGAAUUCAUAAAAAACAACGAAUUCGGGGUGGGAAUUACAGACUGGCGGUCUUAUCAUGCCACAAGCAUUGACGUGAUGCAUAGAUGGGCUUAUCCAAUGACUCCAGACGCAGCCAGCGCCGGCCUUUACAGAUACAUCAAAAAUAAUAUCUACCGGUCUCAAGACGUGCAAAUAGGAAAGAAUGUUUCUUUAGUAGAAGACGUUGUAAUCGGUCCAAAGUCCGUCGUAAACAGCGACACGAAAAUUACGAAAUCGGUAAUUGGUCCAAACGUUUAUAUUGGAAAGAAUGUCAAAAUAGCGAACUCGUUCAUUUUCAACGAUGUAAAGAUCGAGGACAAUGUCGAAAUAACCCAUUCCGUGAUUGGAAGGAAUAGCAUCGUCCAUUCUAAAUCGCGAAUAACAAUGGGGACCAUCUUGGGCAUUGGAGUCAUCAUACCAACCGGUACGAAACUGGAAGACGCUCUGGUUCAAUCCCACGAUCCGCUUAAUAAAGACCCGAAUGCAAAAAUUGGCCCAGUGGCUUACAAAGUUAGAUUCGACACUGAUGAAACUGCAGAAUCGGGAAAGGAGAGUUACUCAAAGGCCACAAGCAGGUUGCACCUCCAUUUCCCCGACGAAGACGAGUCCAGUGAAGGCGAUUCCACCGAACAAAGUGAAGACCUUUCGUACAGGAACUCUCCACUUCCUGACGACACCAACAUGUUCUUAACGGAAGUAAUGGAUAGUCUUUCGAGAGGCUAUGAAGAUAAACUUCAAUGUGAUAAUCUCAUUUUGGAGAUAAACUCAUCCAGAUAUGCGUACAAUGUGUCACUGAAGGAAGUUAACUUAAACGUCGUGAAGGCCAUUUUAGAAUUGGCCUUCCAAAAUCUCCCUUGCAAACAAUCCACGGGGCUGCAGUACUGGAGCACUUUACAACCCCUCCUGAAAUAUUUUAAACCCAUUUUGAACAACUACGUCCGCAAUAGAGAUGCCGUCGAAGACGCUCUUCAAGCAGUCGAAGAUGUUGCCAGUUCCAAUAGUGAAAUUGCCGACUGCGUGGUCAAAGUUUUGGAAUGGUUUUAUGACAACGAUUUGAUGGCAGAAGAAAAUAUUUUGAAGUGGAAUUCCGGUUUGGACAAGAAAGGUAAAUUGUACAAGAAGGUCCAGCCUUUCAUAAGUUGGUUGGAAGAAGCCGAAGAAGAUUCCGAUUCCGACGAAGAAGAUUAAUAUUGUAUUGUUAUUGUAAAAGUGUUUAUGUUGUAAUAGAAAAUAAAAUCUUUUUUUAUAACAAACAA